AUGAGCGGCCAAGUGGAUGCUCUUGCCCAUCUUACUCGACCGGCAAUCGAGAAGCUGCCGAUAUUCAAGCAGCAGCCGCCCAACAUUGACACUCGCUAUGUCGUCAAGUGCUCCUCGACUAUCACCCUCGAAGGAAGCGGCCCAACCACGUCGACCAAGACUUGGUUCAAAUCGCCCCCUCUGCAAGCCCAGACCAUCCGCAUGAUUCGCGGCGUCAAGCUGUACGCCGACUCGCACGACCAGGGCUACGUGAGCAACCUGGUGGAGGGCAACUGGACCUGGUUCCAGCUGGCCAUCUUUAAGUGCGAGUCGGACACGACGCCCAAGAAGGACAGCCACGGACAGGAGAUGGUCAUGACGAGCCACUCGAACAAGGUCAACUCGCGCGAGUUUGAGUGGAUGGAGGGCGGCGCGGUGACGAUGCGGCGCAUCUUUCUUAAAGGCCUCGAGGAGGGCAAUGUCAUUGCUGUCCGGGUUUGCGCCUGCUACCCCGGCUGGAAGAUUUUUGCGACCAACGGACACCUAGUGAUUGACAUUGGCGAGGACAACCAACCGUAUCCCAUCACACCCAUCAACAUCAACGUUGACCACCAGAUGCCCGUGCGUCGCAACGUCAAGACGUGGUACGACGAGUCUAAGACCAACCACCACACCGGCCUGGAGGUGUCGCUGUUUAUCCGCGCGCUCAAGGUGUUCCAGAGGCUGCCGCCGGAGAACCAGCUGUCGUUCUACCGCAUCGCCGGCAUCCACGGAUAUCCGUACCAGGUGCCGUGGAACAUGGGCAAGCCGGUGAUUCCCCUGGACAAUCCGAAGCGGGACGAGCUGCAGAAGGAGGGCGAGGGCGGCUGGUACUGCCAGCACAACAACGACCUGUUCCCGACCUGGCAUCGUGUGUACAUGAUGCUGUACGAGAAACGCCUCAGUGAAAUCAUGAUGGAGCUGGCCGAGGAGCUCGACGGUAGUGAUGAUGACAGCGGCAGUGACAGCGGCAGCGACAGCGGCAGCGACAGCAACCAGAACAAGCUGUGGACGCUGGCGGCGACGCGCUGGCGUCUGCCCUACUGGGACUGGGCCGCGGACUCGACCCUUCCCGAGCUCGCCAGCUUCAAGACCAUCUCCGUCAUCAAGAGCUGGGACGGCAGCGGCAAGCCGCAGAUGGAAAACUUGGACAACAGCAUGUAUCGCUUCCAGAUGCCGGGCGGCAAGCCCAUGGGCGACAAGUCGUACGGCAACUACCGCAUCGACAACAGGGAAGCGGAAAAGUGGCAAGACUGCAUCGGUACCAGUCGCCACUUCAUCAAGGACAAGGAGCCGGUCGAGGUUUGGACCCAGGGAGAGACCAACGUCGCCGACGUCAACGCGGCGCUGAUAGAGCAUGACGGUCUCAAGUAUACGCUCAGGGACUCGGUCUUUCGGCUCUUGACGGAGCAGUACAGCACAAAGUAUAUCCGCUUCGCGUCGACCAAGUACGACCCGGACAAGUCUUCGAAGUCGGCUGAGCCGGCCCGAGAAUACCUGAACCUGGAGCAGAUUCACAAUUUCAUCCACGGUGCCGUGGGCGGCGACAGCGAGGGCCCCGGCGGAUACGGCCAGAUGGCCUCGGUGGCCGUGGCCGCCUUUGACCCCAUCUUCUGGAUGCACCACUGCAACAUUGACCGGCUGCUGCACCUCUGGCAGUGCUCCAACCCGGGCAACUGGUUCCGGCAGGAGCCGGGGCAGCCGCCGGCCGGGCAGCCGAUACCCGAUCACAUGAAGCCCCCCGGCGCGCCCAAGCCGAAGCCGGUGAACCUGAGCCCGCAGGAUCCGCUCAAGCCGUUCCACGUCUCGGGUGACAUGGACGACUUUUACAACUCGAACCAGGUGCGUAACGUCGAGGCGCUCAACUACACGUACGACUACGUGGACCAGAUCACCGACGGGUACGGCGACAUCAUCCCGGAGAAGAGCCACUUGUACAUCAACAAGCUGUACGGACCGCCGCAGACGGCCUUUGCGACGCCAGUCAAGCAGAUGGACCCCGUCAUCAACGUGGUGUACAACCGAUAUGCAUUUAGCGGCCGCGCCUACUCGCUGCUCUUCUUCCUCGGCGACCUGGACCGCAGCCAGCCGUACAAGAGGCAGGCGACGCUUGUGGGCAGCGUCUUCACCUUUAGCACGACGAUGCGCGCGGGCGAGGUGACGUGCCGCAGCUGCUACGCGCAGAAGGAGGCGCACGUGCUGUCGCGCGCGCAGAUCCCGCUGACCACGGUGGUGCCGAGCGAGCGCCGCCCGGACCGCUCGACCUGCCGCGACUACAUCUCGAACAAGAUACGCUGGACGGCCAUCUUCGAGGACGGCACGACGGCGGCCAAGGCCGGCCUGAGCGACGUCAAGAUCACGCUGGCGAUUGGUGUGAAUGAGCUGCUCCAGGACGCGGGCAGGGAGUCCGUCUUCAAGUUUGAGGCCUACAAGGACCUGACCAUUGACUGGGAGAAGGCCUAUGUCCAGUAG